GAGUAGUACAAGAAAGUCCAGGAAAGACUAGUAUUGUCUAGUGUUAAAUUAGAAGAAUAUAAUAGAACUAUUCAUUGGCAUUUAAUGUGUACUCUUAACACUAUCUUUUGUUCCUCUUCUAGAGAAGGCAUUACAUUAAUUUAUUAUUUGAAGUCCUAACAGCAAUGGUGUUUCCAAUGUUGAUUUUGCUAUUCCGUUCACUUACUACUAUACAUGUUGCUGGACCUCAAUAUUUUAAACCUCUACACAUCAGUGGUUUGCCUUCUUUCCUCCAAAAUCCUCAAGAGUGGGAAUUGAUUUACGUGCCUUCUAAUAUUAAUGUGGUAAAAGAGAUCAUUGAGAACAUGAAGAUGAAUUUAAACAUCAGUAUAAAAGUUAAAGGCUUUUAUUCAGAAGGUGAGUUUGAGAAGUAUGUGAAGUAUGACUAUAAAUCUCAAAAAGUGCUGGCUGCCAUUGUUUUUGACCAUGACUUCAAAAACAUCAAUGACUCUCUGCCACUUCAGGUAAAAUACCAUCUGCGUUUUGUUAGGAUACAAAGGACUAUCCAACGUCCAAGCCCGUCAGGCUGGAAAACAUCCUUACUCUUUCCUAUUUACCCCUCUUCAGGACCCAGGAACCCAAGAGACCAUGACGGAGGGAGUCCUGGUGAGUAGAUAUUUAAGCAAAUUUAUUUUAUUAUCCCAGUUGAUACUAGCAUAUACAUAUAUAUAUAC